GAAUAUUGCAAAUUGCUGUGUGCUGUGCAGAUGAAGUGUGAACGAGCAAAGUAUUUGUGAAUUCAACGAAGUGAUGCAGAGGGAAUUCGCUGAACGGUGAAACAAGAGGAAAAUGGGAAUUUUGUUCACUAGAAUGUUCUCUUCUCUGUUCGGCGAUAGAGAAGCACGAAUCCUUGUUCUUGGCCUUGACAAUGCCGGAAAAACCACCAUUCUCUAUCGGCUUCAAAUGGGCGAGGUAGUCUCCACGAUCCCAACAAUUGGAUUCAAUGUGGAAACUGUACAGUAUAACAAUAUUAAGUUCCAGGUCUGGGAUUUGGGUGGGCAGACAAGCAUUAGGCCGUACUGGAGAUGUUAUUUCCCAAAUACUCAAGCUGUAAUUUAUGUUGUUGAUUCAAGUGAUACUGAUAGAAUUGGAAUAGCCAAAGAAGAAUUUCAUGCAAUUUUGGAGGAGGAAGAAUUGAAAGGGGCUGUUGUCCUCAUUUUUGCGAACAAGCAGGACCUACCCGGCGCUCUUGAUGAUGCUGCUGUGACGGAGGCCUUGGAGUUGCACAAGAUAAAAAAUCGCCAGUGGGCCAUCUUCAAGGCAUGUGCUGUUAAGGGCGAAGGUCUAUUUGAGGGUUUGGACUGGUUGAGUAAUAUUCUCAAGUCAGGAGGUGGCUAACUUUGUCAGACGAAGUGCUGACAUCAGCUUCUCAAUGCAUUCUAUGCAGGAGUGGUCUUGAUUGUUAUUGUCAUUGAUUGAUGCUUGGCUAACAUUUCUUCUUUGUAAUGUUCUUUAUUCUUAAUGCCCUUUUCAUUUAUGGAGGUUAAAAUUUUACUAAUAACAGCUGAAAGAUUUAGCGAUUUACAAAAUGAUUUUGAGUGGGAAGAAAAGUAAUAUAUAUGCAUUUUUCUUAUCUUGCCUUUAACAUGUUACUGGACCACCUGUUUCUGCUGCUUUUUAUUCGCCACAUAUGUAUAUACACAACGCACAAAAAAAACCCCUUCCAUCUUUUUGCCUGGAAUUGGAUGGCUGUGAAGGCGAAUCUUGUUCUCACUGGAGGGGAUGUCUUCUCCUUUUCCUUUUGAUUAUUAAAUCUUAACUUGGCAUUAUUCAUUUUACAAAUGAAUUUUUAUUAAAUCAUGUGAGAUUUUAAUUUAAAAGAAUUCUUUUUUUUUUAAUUUCAAAUGUAAAUUAUUAAAAUAAAAAUUAUUUAAAUUAAAUUGUUUCGAAAUGCAGUUAAAGACGGUUUGGAAUUGUGACCGCAGAAUUCAAUGCUUUUGAAAAAGAACUACAUACAUAUGUAAAUAAAGCAGUUGGAAAAAAAAUUCCAUUGUACGAGUUGAGAUGCAGGGUAUUAGAAGAAAAUGACCUAGAAAACCUUUGGUAUUAGUUUAAAUUCAUUACUUCCCAAAAUAUUACCAAGAAAACUAAUUUGCUAGAAUUUGUUAUUAUUUUGUGAGUUAGUCAUUUUAAUAUUUUAUUAACACUUAAUCCCACAUUUUUAUAAUAUUUGAUUAAAAAAAAAAGUGCAUAACAAAACCCAGAAGAGGAUGUAAGCAACGUUGCACAGCAGCAUGAGCAACGGCCUCGAUGAGGGGCAGGGCCCCGACUACUAAACGGCAACGUUUUGUUGAUCGAAAGUCAAAACAUCUUCAACGAAUAUUGCCAUGUGGACAUAGAGACCGGAUGACGAGGAAAACAAGUUACAGCUCCCGGUAAGAACAAAGUAUUUGUGAAUUCAACGCAGAAGUCAAAACAUCUUCAACGACUAUCGCCGUGUGGACAUAGAGACCGGAUGACGAGGAAAACAAGUUAGAGCUCCCAGUAAGAACAAAGUAUUUGUGAAUUCAACGCAGAGAUUUAGAGAGAAUUUGCUGGACAGUGAAAGAAGAAAAAGGAAAAAGGCCAGGAUGGUCAUUUUGUUUACUCGAAUGUUCUCUUCUCUGUUCGGCAAUAGAGAAGCUCGAAUGUGCUCGGCCUCGACAAUGCCGGAAAAACAACUAUUCUCUGCAACUCUCCAGUUUACUCGCUUGCUUUCCCUCGCUCUUUCUUUUCCCUGCUGUAUAUUUAGGCUAUUUUUCUUUUGUUUGAUUCAGAUCGGCUUCAAAUGGGCGAGGUAGUCUUCACGAUCCUAACAAUUGGAUUCAAGGUGGAAACUGUACAGAAUAACAAUAUUAAGUUCCAGGUCUGGGAUUUGGGUGGGCAGACAAGCAUCAGGUAACUUUGUUACUUCAUUCUCAUCCUUUUUUUGGAGUACAGUUUGUAAUUUGAUUGUCUAGACAUGGCAAUCUCAUAACUGAAUCAUUUCUCGUGUGUCUUUGUUAAGUUAUCUAAUAGUGUUUCAUAAAUGGGUAGAGAUAAGAUUUUCUAUGCAAUUUGUUGACAUGCUUUUUUGCUUCAUUGAGUGACAUGAUGGAUAUGAUGUGGAAGCUCAAAGCUGCACUGUCAUUUUCCUAAUUUUGCCUCCUAUACUACAAUAAUAUAAUUUGAUCAACCUUUUCUGAACUUGUAUUUAUAUGCAAUCUUAUUGCUGAAUAUAAUCUAAUUUGAGGUUUUCAUUGAUUUUUUUAAGGGAAAUAAUAAUUUUUUAACGUGGAUUUCACCAUAGCUUUCAGAAGUUUUACUAUUUAUGACUUAUGUAUAGUUUAGGACACUUGUAUAUCAGUAUAGUUGCUUACAACCAGCAUGAUGUUAGUUGUGAUGAUGAAAGUGCAACUGAAAGUAUGCUUUAGUGUAAAGCAUUUGUUGUGAUACUCAUUUUAUUGCUAUUAUAAGGAAACUAGGACUGUAUCACUUUAUUUCUGAAUAUUGAUACAUAAUACCCUGGAAGGCCUUAAGUGCUGAACUAACGUACCAGACAAUAUUGAAUUGCUAUUAAUCUUGGUGUCUCCAAGAAACAAAAUGUCUUGAGGGAAUUAUGUAGAGGGGUAUUCAUAAGACGUUUUUCUUUAUGAAACCAUGGUAUGAAUGCCAAUAAGUGGUGUUUUGAAUAAAAUUAUGGUCGAUGAUUAAGCAUUCAGAUCGUUUAGUUUUGGCCACCGUUGCAGACCACAAAAAUUAGGAAGCAUAAGAUUUCUUCCUCAGCACCCCCUUGUGCAAUUUUAAAUGUCAAAAGUUGAUAAAAGUGUUAUGAUAACUAGAAAAUGGUAUAAACAGCAGAAAGAAAAGAUAGUAAAGAGAGACCUUUAGGUUUAAAUCUCACUUAGCACAAAAUUAAAUAGAAAAGAUUAUAGGAAAACACAUUUCAUCAUUGUUUGAAAUCAGGAAAUAGGGACCCCAUCUUUUUCUUUUUUAAUCUUGGGUACAUUCUUUAUUAUUUUGGUUAUCUGGACAUUUGUGAAUGGGUAUGCACUCACCAGAAAGAGAGAGUCCUAAUAUUUUGGGUUGUUGUUUCUGUUAUUGCUGGUAAUGCAAAUGUUGCAAUCAUGGUCGCUAUUGAUAGUAGUUUAUUUUUUGGGUGCAUUUAGCUUGCCUCUAUCUGUGAAGAAUAUUGUUUAGUGCUUCUUCUCUGUUUCUUGUUGAACAGUACAACUCAAGUUCCUUGUUUGGGGUGCUCAUGUUGGCUGCUCUUCUUGUGUGGUCUUCUACCUUGAUUGCAUGCUAGAGAAAUUUGGCAUUCAUUUCCAUGUUAACCUUGUCAACGCUUCCCUUUCGAGGUGAAUUGGUUUGUUUAUUUCAGGCUGUACUGGAGAUGUUAUUUCCCUAAUACUCAAGCUGUAAUUUAUAUUGUUGAUUCAAGUGGUACUGAUAGAAUUGGAAUGGCCAAAGAAGAAUUUCAUUCAAUUUUGGAGGUUUUUUCUUGAAUAGGCAUUAUAAAGCAAGCCUAUUUUACAUUACUUUAUGGUAGAUAUGAGGAUAUCAUCUCGGUCGUUAAAAAGCUUGUUAUUUAUUUAUUUAUUUUUAAUUUUAGUUAAUUUGAAAGCUAUCUUAGCUGGUAAUGACUGUUGAGUUUUAUUUCUUGCUCUCAGAGGUUAGGAUAUCCCCUUCAAGUGGAAGAUAUUGUUAGACUUCCUUGAUUCUGAAAAAUAACAAAGAGACACAACACUUGCAGUUGCUUAAUUUAACAUGUGCUAUAGAAAACUUCAAUCAAUAUAUGUUAUGUUAGUGCCAAUACUUUCUACUGAAAUGCUUAUUGUAUUAUAAGGUAAAGGAAUUAAGGUGGUCACAAUUUAGGCUGCAAUGCAGAUGGACAUGAAUUUGAUACUGAGUGAUUUGUGGCAAGGGGUGCUCCACUGAUAGGAAGCCUAGCAUGCUGUGAUUAGGACCACAAGUUGCUGGGUUUAUGUGAUUGUUUUUCUUUCCUUAUGCUCUAGGUAUUAGAAAAUUGGGGGAAAAAAAGAAAGUUGAAAUUUUAAUUAAUAACAGUAGAAGAGAAAAAAAAUCUAGUUGAUUUUCUGUCCUGUUAUAUAUCCGGACAGGUGUACAUUGAGACAUACUAACAUCUAAUGGAAACUUGAAUAGUCUAUAUCUGUUUAAUAAAGAAUGUCAGAAUUCCAAUUUGCAGGAGGAAGAAUUGAAAGGUGCAGUUAUCCUCAUUUUUGCAAACAAGCAGGUUGAAAGCAUUUCUUCAUCUUCUACAAAUGAGAGAAAAUAAGAGAGUUCUUUAGUUAUGUCAUAGCCUACUAUAUGUUGAUUUACUGGUCCACUUCCAAGACGGGCUUUGAGUUGUGUAUAAAGUAUGAGAUCAUUUAAUCUACUAUCCUUGUAUCAGUGGCAAAAAAAAAUUUCUCCAAUUAUUGGAGAUUCUUGUAACGCGUUGAACUUGUUGCUUAUAUAAGCAGGACCUCCCUGGUGCUCUUGACGAUGCUGCUGUGACCGAGGCCUCGGAGUUGCGCAUGAUAAAAAAUCGUCAGUGGGCUAUCUUCAAGACGUGCUGUUAAGGGUGAAGGCCACUUUGAGGGCUUGAACUGGAUUUCCCCAUUUGACGUUUGGAAAUCGUCACAGGAAAAAGCAGAACUUCUGUUUUUUCCUGGGUGGCUUGUGGCCUUCGUGUGGAGGAGUUUGGUGAGAAGAGGACUAUAUACUCGUGAACCAGGACAAAGCAGCCAAUGGAAUGGGUUAAGCUAGCAGUAUAAAGGCAGUGUUCAUUGCAUAUGCAGAAUAGUGCUUCAACAAGCAGGAUUUGCACUGGAAGACGAUGACAUCCAAGUCCUAUGGCAAUGGUAAUAACGACGAAAUCAGUGGACAAAAUUAGUGGUUGGACUUCAUUUCAAUACGUCAAAAUUAAACUCGAUUCAAUAUUAUUUUGAAGUUCAAAUUCAACAUAAAUAUUAUUUUGAACCUAAUUAUAUAG